GAACUUUGAAGAGAUGUCUUUUGAAGAAACGGUGAGCGUUGGGGGAAGUGAGGGCGUUGGAGUAUGGUGACGUGGGUAGGACCAGUGAGUCAUUUAACUCAGAGAGGAUGGAGGAGGGGGUAGGAAGAAAUGAGAUGACUGGGGUUGAGGGAGAUAGCGUUCCCAUAACCGUAGUAAAAGUGGAGGGUGGGAGUGAAAGGUGUUAUGAUGUUGAUGCAGAUAUUGUGUCUGAGGUGAGGCAGUAUGAGUCUGAAUUCGAGACCAGGGAUAGCCUGGGUUAUUUAGUUGAAAGUUAUGAAAUUUCUUCCCGAGUUCUGAUUAGGCCUGCUGGGGUAGAGGAGAGGGCAUGUUCUGCCCCUCGGGAUCAUUGGAUGCCCAUGUAUGCGCAUUAUUUGGCAGCUGGGCUUAGGUUUCCAAUUCCUGAGUUGCUAGUGGGGUUAUUAUUAGAUUAUAGCAUAGGGUUGGCACAAUUAGCCCCCAAUGCUAUGAGGUGGGAGAGAGAGGAUGCCGAGGUAGAGCUGUUGUCCUCUUGGAAGGCUAAGAAAGCCAACCAAAAUAAAUAUAGUUUAAAUGAGGAUGAGGAGGAAGAGGUGGGGAAGUUGGUGAGGGAGGGGGGUAAUUUAGUAAAUAUAAUGUACCUCACCAGUGCGAAUUGUAUAGAGGCUGCUGAGCUUUAUGGGCCAAGCGCUUUGAAUGAAGGGGUGGCCAUUCCAAAGAAGCUGAGGAAGAAGUCAAAGACUUCAACUAAAGAGGCGAGUAAGGUGGGAGCUGGGAAGGAGUUAGUGCCUAGCACCACAACUGGAGUUCAGGAGGUGGGGCCUAGGUUAGAGUUGAAGAGGAAAGGCAGUGAGGCGUUAGAAGCUCUCCAGAAAAAGAAGAAAGUGAUGGAGCAGGAGGUUGGGGGGAACGAGGUACUGGAGUUCGUACCUCGACCUCCUCCUGUUGAGCUCAAUCUUGAGCUCAGGGAGUCUGAGGUUGAGGGGGCUGAGGUAAGGGCCCCUGGUAAAGGGAAAGUCCUUGUUCCCCCUUUGUCCUUUCAAAGCAACCUCUUUGAUGCGAAGAACGCAAUAGGGGCAAGAAGGUUUAUUAAUGCAACCUUCCCCAAAGUGGACAAGUGUCAAGAUAAGGAAGAGGUGCUGAGGUAUGUUGGGGCAACUGUGAUGAGGCACGCUUUGGAGAAAGAGAAGAACGAGUUGGAGAAGAAGAAUAAGAACAUGCAGGAGGCGCUAGAUGAGGUGGUACCAACAGUGAAGCAGCUUGAGCAGGAGAAGGAUUCUCUGAGUACUAAGCUCGUGUUUGAAGAGAGAAAGAGAAAGAUCUCUGAAAGCGAGCGCGAGGCUCAGGAGAAAGAGAUAAAAAUGAUGAAAGAAGCUGUGGUUGAGCUGAAGAAGAAUGUUCAGCUGUUGGUACACAUGGGAUGGAGAAGCAUAUCAGCAACUUCGAGGAAGGUGAAAGUUGAGUAUCCCAAAGUGGAUAUAACAAAGAUCACCUUUGGCAAAAAAGAGGAAGGGGUUAAGGAGAACAGUGAGAUAGUGGAGAAAGAGCAAGAAGAGGUAGAAGGUGCUGGAGUUGAGGAAAACCAGCCACCUCUUCCAGUGGAGGUCCAUUCAGUUCCUUCUGACGAAGAGUAGCCACCUCAGCCACCUCCCCCAGCAGAAUAAUUAGGAGUUUUUGUUUUUUAAUUUAUGUAGUUUAAAUGUGAACAAUGAUUAAUUUAAACGUUUUUGUACAUUUGUUGAUUAAUCUAAAGAAAUUUUUUUUAAUUGG